ACCGCCUACUAUCUUACUACCGGCGUUCUCAUCCGGCGUCCUUGCCGUCCCUUGCGGCAAUCGCGGUGGAAAGCGCAUAAAAGCCGCAAGCGGCUCACAGCGGGUAGCCUGCGCACCUGCGAAUCAGCCGAAAGCGAUUGCGUAGACCGGAACGUGGCCGCGCACCAGUGAGAACCGAGAUCUCGCCUUGUCUACACAGUCUACAUCUCAGCGAGAAACUUCGCGGAGAAAAAAAAGCCUCGAUGUAUCGAAAGCACGGGCGAUUGUCGAUUCACCAAGUCGAAAGAUAGCAGAAUUGGCAGCGAAUUCAUUUACAUCGAUUAUCACUGUAUAACUUUUUGUAUAUUACCUUUGAGGAUUGAGAUUAUCGACAAAAUGUAUAUCACCUGCAGAGAUUUCAUGUCGUAAUGCACUUCUGGAAUAAUGCAAUAUCGACGUAGCUAAACUGAAGGUUCGCUAUAUCUCUUAAAUAUCAAAAAAGAGUAUGAUGCUCCGGCAUGGCAGUAAAAUGCAUGGAAGGGCCUUUUGUGUUCAGACUAAAUGACAACGGUACCGGACCGCAUCUGCUUGUACAGGUUUGCACAGAACGGGGAUGGCGGGAGUACGCCGGUGAAAAUAAUGUAUUCAAAGAUCGAUGGAAUUUAUGGUGGCGAUCCGGCGGUUUCCCCACGUCGCAUUACAGGCCAUUACUCCCCUGGCAGUUUGUCAAUCGGAUACCAAAGGGAAAUUCCAUUUGCCGAAAGGAUAAGCUUAUCCGUCACUUGAAGCGCAUGAAAAAAGUCCACGGUUUAAUAUAUGACUUCAGUCCUGUAGGAUAUAAUUUGCCUUCCGAAUAUACGAAACUGGCCGAAGAGUGUAACCGUUGCGAGAAAGACGACAAAAUUUGGAUUUGCAAGCCAGUCGGCCAAAGUCAAGGGAGAGGAAUCUUUCUAUUUCGCAAAUUAAGCGAUCUAUCGUACGAUAACGCCGCGGUUGUGCAAAGGUAUAUCGAGAAUCCGCUGCUGAUCGGCGGAUACAAAUUCGAUCUUCGCCUGUAUGUAUGCGUGCCGUCGUAUCGCCCGUUAACGAUUUACCUGUACAAGGAAGGUCUGGCUCGUUUCGCCACCGAAAAGUUUUCCUUGGAGCGAUUGGACGAUCCCUUUCGACAUCUCACAAACUUUUCUCUGAAUAAACUAGGACCGGGCUACUCGGAGAAGAAAGAACGCAUCGGUGCCGGAUGCAAGUGGACAUUUAGGCAAUUGAGAAGAUAUUUUGAACAAUCAGGAUACUUCGAUUGGAUUCUUUGGCAGAGAAUCUCGUGUCUAGUGACUUUAACAAUUCUAAGUCAAGCAGCAGGCAUUCCCAAAUCCUCGAACUGUUUCGAAUUUUUCGGCUUCGACGUGCUGAUCGACGAGAAUUUAAAACCGUGGCUCUUAGAGGUGAAUUUAAGUCCGGCCUUGAGUAACGACUGCGAAGUCGAUUCCGAAGUGAAGAAGCCUCUGUUGCAUGAUCUGUUUGAUUUAUUGGGUCUUCCAGUAUGCAAUACCGGGCUCUCCCUGUUCACAAUCUGGUCCUCUCCCGAUCGCGUCGAGGAGGAUGAGAGCGAAGUGUCUUCCAAGUUCGGCCGCUCGGUGAAAAAAAGAUCGAAACUCGGACGAGAAGCCGAAACCUUUCUAAAUCUUUCCUCGGAGACCCGAGCUACGCUGAGACAAUCAACACCGGAAGUUUGUCUGACCUGGCCGCGUUACAAUCCGCUGUUAAUGGACAAAUACAUAGAUCGAUGUAAGGGAAAUACGAUCGAAAAUCAUGUCUCACCGCCGACUUGGGACAAUGGCAAAGACUGGAGAACUUCCUGCGUAAGCGAAGGCGGAUGGAUUCGUAUUUGUCCGUUCACACGGACAAAACACAUAGAGAAUACGGGAUACACGAGACCAUCAACCAGAAUUAUUGAAAAUGAAAUCAGAUACAUGGUCCUUUCUAUACAAAAGUACUUAAAAGCUGCGAAGGAAGUGCAGCAGAGAAACGAAAAGCUCACGGACGAGCAGUGCAAUGCUCUUUUGCGAAAUGCGCUUGAAUUAAAUACAGAAAUUUGGCUGCCAGAGAAAUAAAAACCUAGAAGUCUGGGUUUUUCACUCACAAUCUUCAAAUUUGCCGUUUACGCUUAUAGUGUUAUUUUAAGAAAUAUUUCGUACGUUCAAUACACAUUAUAUUAUAAAUGUGCAUCUUUUCAUUCCAUCGAUCUUCAUCGUACAUUAUAUUCAGUAUAUUAAGAGUAAUCGUGAUUACGUAACGAAUAAUUAAAUUCACAUUAAUAGUCACAUUUAGCAUUAAAUGUAGCCAUCUUAUGCUCAACUUUCAAAUAAAAUUAUUUUAUUACAA